AUGCUGGCGGGGGCGGGCUCUGCUGGGCUGCUGGCGGCGGCGGCUGCCCUGCUCCCCCUCUUCGCAGCGCCCGGCGGCCAGCGCGGACGGGUCCCAGGAGACAGUGGCAGCCUGAUGGUGGAGCUUAGUCCUUCCAGUCCACUCAUCCUCCCUGAGGAAUUUCACUUUAAGUCAUGGAUGCUGCAGAACAACAGGAAGUACAGUCUGGAGGAGUAUUACCAAAGGCUGCAGAUCUUUGUUGCCAAUAAGAGACGAAUUGACAGACACAAUGCUGGGAAUCAUACGUUUGAAAUGGGUCUAAACCAAUUUUCAGACAUGACAUUCACAGAAUUUAGAAAAAAAUAUCUUUGGAGUGAACCUCAGAACUGCUCGGCCACAAAAGGGAAUUUCCUGGCCAGCUCCGGGCCGUGUCCUUCCACUAUUGACUGGAGGAAAAAAGGAAACUAUGUGACCCCCGUGAAGAACCAGGGCGCAUGUGGCAGCUGCUGGACCUUUUCCACCACUGGGUGUUUAGAGUCUGCAAUUGCCAUAGCAACAGGAAAGCUACUGUCACUGGCAGAGCAACAGUUGGUUGACUGUGCUCAGGACUUCAAUAACCAUGGAUGCAGUGGGGGCCUGCCAAGCCAAGCUUUUGAGUACAUCCUAUAUAACAAAGGGCUCCAAGGAGAGGAUACGUAUCCUUACCAGGCUCAGAACGGCACCUGCAAAUUUCAGCCAGAAAAGGCUAUCGCUUUUGUCAAAGAUGUUGUCAAUAUCACCCUGUACGAUGAGCCGGGCAUGGUGGAAGCGGUGGGGAAGCAUAAUCCCAUUAGCUUUGCUUUUGAGGUGACUGAGGACUUUGUGAGAUACAGUAAAGGCAUUUACUCCAACCCAACGUGUGAUAAGACUCCAGACAAAGUGAACCAUGCAGUUCUGGCUGUGGGUUAUGGAGAAGAAAAUGGAACUCCCCAUUGGAUCGUUAAAAACUCUUGGGGCCCAUUGUGGGGCAUGGAUGGCUACUUCUAUAUUGAACGUGGCAAGAAUAUGUGUGGUCUCGCUGCAUGUGCAUCGUAUCCAAUUCCUCAGGUCUAAGACGGGGUCAAUGGCUGGGAAGAGUGGCCAAGGAGAGGAACCAGGCUAUUGUGUAGGAGUCUCCUAAACCCCAAAGUUCAGUACGUUGGAAAAAUGAGAGAUGGCAAAGGCCCACUAAGGUCCUGAUCCUGCAAUGAGCUCCACGCAGGCAGACUCCUGCAUUUGUGCAGUGCUCAUUGCAGGAGACAGACCUAAGUCACCUCCUCCAAAUACAUGUGUGUUUCUCUAUAGCAGAGGUUCUCAAACUAGGGUCCUUCCAGGGGGUCCGCGAGUCAUGUCUGGGGCCGCGGGCCCUGAUGAUCAACUCCUCCCCUUCCCUCCCACUGCCUCUUGCACACUGCAGAACCAGCACCCUCGGGGAGGGAGCAGAAAGAGGAGGGGCAGAGGUGGGGUGGAUGUGGGACCUUGGGGGAAAGGGUGGAGUGGGGACUGAGGCUGAGCGGGCGUUAAGCACCUCCAGGAAAAUUAGAAGCCAACUUGGGGGUCCAUGAAAAAUUUUAAAUCAAAAUGAGGGUCAUUGUGUUUCUAAAGUUUGAGAACCGCUGCUCUGUAGUAAAUUCUCCAGCAUUGUGGCAUGUUCCAUGGACAGGGCUGAGAGCCAGAAACUCAUGUCUUCUAAUCCCAGCUCAGAUCGAUUUACCAUGUGCUCUAGGGAAAGUCUCUGAGCCUCUUUGCCUCGGUUUCCCCUUUUGUAAAAUGGGGGUAAUACUACUUAACCUACCUCUCGGGGUGUGGUGAUGGUUGAUUAGAUAAUGUUUGUAAAGCAUUCCCUGGGCAGACUGUCCUGCAUGUCAGCAGAUCUCCCUUAUGGGAAAUGUGUAUUCUUCUGACAAAUGAUCUGUUUUUUAAUAAGUGCUAAGAAAUAUGUAAGAAAGCUGUGUCUAUUUUCAUUAAAUCUAAGAUUUGAUUAUUUUUACUAAAAUAAAGAAUAUUUUAAUGAAUAUUAAAAAGAAUCAAUGAUUUUCUAUUCAGUUAAGGAAAAAUCAGAAACCUUAAUGUCAGGCAUUUCAAUAUAUUCUGUUUUAAGAGGAGUCAUCAUGUAUGCAGAAGGCAUUUCAGCUGUGUGUCAUUUCCUGUUGCAGUAACACCACCAAGACAUUACUGUGUGUUAUGGAAAUGAAUAAAAACAACUUGUCAUUUUUGUGGUA